AUGUUCAAAAAAUACAAAAACCAAGAUCUUGAUGUGAACUUUUGGUGGAAAAGAAAUCCCAAGACUCCACACGAUCAUGUUAAAUUCAUCACUGAGCAACUGGGGAAAAUCGAGUCGUCUUCUACGCAUGAUGGGAAACGGAAAGCUCAGGAAGAAUGCUCGAAGUAUUUGAUGGCCACUAAGCAUUACAUAUUGGGGGACACUGAACCGCAUCCGACUCCGGAAGCUAUUGAUGAACUUUACAUGGCGAUGUAUCAUGCUGAUUUUUUCUAUGAAUUGCUGGUGCAUUUUUCAGAUCUAGAAUUCGAGGCGAGGAAGGAGGUGAUGCUAAUCUUUGCCAUGUGUCUGCGGCAUUCUAAGGACAAUAAGCUGGUCACCGUUGACUAUUUAGUAUCUCAACCCAAGACUAUACAUUUCAUGCUGGCAACAAUGCAGUUGGCACUGCAGAACAGGGGCGCACAUGAUCUUUUCCUAGCGGUUGGCAACAUGAUAAUCGAAUGCAUCAAAUAUGAGCAACUUUGCAGGAUAAUAUUGAAAGAUCCUCAACUUUGGAAGUUCUUUGAUUUUGUCAAAGUGGGGAAUUUUGAAAUUAGCACCGAGUCACUGCAGAUUCUUGGGGCAGCAUUCACUACGCAUCCGAAACUGGUAUCGAGCGAGUUUCUGAAUGAGGAGAGCAACAUGAUUAAAUUCAUGCAGCAUAUCAAUAAAUUGAUGGCUCACGGUAGCUACGUGACAAAACGUCAGAGCACUAAGCUCCUGGCAUCUCUCAUCGUGGUGAGAUCCAAUAACCAGUUCAUGACCCUGUAUAUCAAUUCCCCCGAGAACCUGAAGUUAAUAAUGACGUUGAUGACCGAUAAGUCCAAAAAUUUGCAACAUGAAGCGUUUAAUGUCUUCAAGGUGAUGGUGGCGAAUCCAAGAAAAUCAAAGCCAGUAUCAGAUAUUUUAAUCAAGAACAGGGAUAAGUUGCUGAAAUAUUUCGAGCGCUUUGCUGUCGACUGUCAAGAUCCGACAUUCUUGGAUGAAAGGGAUUUUAUCGUUCAAGAAAUUGAGUCAUUGCCUCGCAUUGUUUCUUCAAACGUUGAAACUAUCGUGCUUGGUUCAAGCAAUUCACCCAAAGGUGAGUAG